CCGGCCGUCGAUCCACAAACGAUGCCCAUCCGGGGAGCGAGCAAGUCGGACUCUCGACGGCCUCCGAGGGGUUCGUCCACCAUGGAGGAGCAGUUUUUCAAAUCAGCGUUACCUGCGCGAGACUCGUUCAUGGUGGACGACACCAGUCUGGCUCUGCCGGCCGAGCCGACUCCGAGGUCCUCGACGACGGUGAGCUCAACCGACCGCAGCCUUCGUGUCCAGCAGCAGGUUCAGCUCACACUGGCCCGCAGAGCCAGGAAGUCCGUGUCCAAUGGUAGUGUCCAUUUAGAGAAGAACACGGCAAAGAGCUUCGAUGCUACCGAUGGACUUUUACUAAACAUGAAGGUGAAUGGAUUGGGCCUCGCCAACCGCUCUCUAUCGAGCAACAAUGUGCGGAGACCACCGAGGAGGGUGGAGGUGUCUCCACCGCCGAGCCCAGAGUUCCCACGCAUUCGCUUCCAUCACAGUGCCUCCCGCUACGGGACGUACGCCCACCCGGCACAGAGUCAGUGGCACAGGCUGGGCUACUCGCUUAAUUCGGACUCAUUCCGUCGCUUCGCCUUCUCCGAGGCGCCCCGGGGCACGCGGCCCCUCACGUCCACCUCUGAGCACGGGACCCUCAAUCGGAGGUCCCUUCGACAGACGGCGGCGCCGCAGCCUGUGACGGCGAGCGCAGCGUGUGGACAAAGUGCCGACUAUGGCUCCCGCUGGAGUCAUAACCAGACUGUCGGCAAACAGGACCAACACACUGUGCAGGGGCGAGAUGGGGAGAAGGUGCUUGGUGCCAUCCCGCCCGAGGAGGCUCGGGUCAGGAGGGAGGGCCUCCGGAGGCUGAAUUCCUACCCGCCCUCGUUAACCAGCGUGGAGUUGGACGUGGGGAAGCAGAUGGAAGUAGAAGUCCCCCUUCAGCAGAUGCAGUCUCAGAAUGUCAUGACACUGCAGUCGGGGAACAAGGCUCCGGAGAUGACGUUAGAGAGGGCUGUGAACCUGCUGACCCAGGAGAACGAGGACACGCUGACCUCUGCAGCCAGCCACAUACAGAGUCAGUGUCUCAAGAGUGCUGAUGCCAAGAAGAUGGUGUACUAUCUCCGUGGGAUUCGGAAGCUCCUGCAGCUCCUGAGCAGCGACAAUGAGGAGGUGCAGUGUGCCGCCGCCGGGGCUCUGCGCAAUGUUGUUUACCAGAGCAGCGAAAACAAGAUGGAGGUGAAGGAAAAUUAUGGCCUGGCCACCAUUUCGCGUGUACUGAAGAGCAGCCGUAAUUUGGAGACCAGAAGAGAACUCACUGGUCUUUUGUGGAACCUCUCCUCUCACGACCUUCUGAAGGAGUGUCUCACCAGAGAGGCCUUGCUGGUCCUCACCCAGUCGGUUCUGGUGCCCAGUUCUGGCAUUUUUGAGGGCGAGAACCCAAAAGACGAGCUCCUCGCUGACGCUGACGCGUUCCACAAUGCCACUGGCUGCCUGCGAAAUCUGAGCUCCGCUGGUCCAGAUGGCAGGAAAGCGAUGAGGGAGUGUGAGAACUUCAUUGACUCUCUGGUCUACUACAUCCGCGGAGCCGUAGCGGACUAUAAAACCAAUGACAAGUCCACAGAGAACUGUGUCUGCAUCCUUCACAACCUGUCGUAUCAGAUCGAGGCAGAGCUUCCUCACAAGUACACCGUAGAUCUUCGGCAAUCUCAACAGAACUUGUCUCCCAAGGAGAAGUCUGUCGGCUGCUUUGCUUAUCGCGGUGCCAAGAUCACAGAGCAUUCGGCACGAAAGUGCCCCCUUCUGGAGGAGAAGGCCAAUCCCCGAGGCAUGGAGUGGCUGUGGAGCAGCAUCACUAUCCGCAUGUACCUGUCACUGAUGGCCCGGAGUGUGCGUCACCAGACCCAGGAGGCGGCCAUCGGAGCCCUGCAGAACAUCACAGCUGGGAAUGGACCGGUGACUGAAGCCAUCGUCUUCGCGAUCGUUCAACGGGAGAAUGGCCUCCAGCAUGUGAGGAAGAUGUUAGAGGACGGAGAGCGUAAUGUGAAGAGGACGGCCAUAUCUCUCAUAAAGAAUCUGUCGCGCUACCGGGAACUGCACCCUGACAUCGUGAAGCAGGUGUUGCAGGAGGUGGUCGGGAUGCUACCCAACGACGACACCGGCACCGACCUGCCCACCGAGGUGACGGCGGCUCUGUGUAACAUCCUGAACAACCUGAGCCAGAGCGACACGCAGCACGCCAAAGCCGUCCUCAACCAGGGCGCCCUCCGACAGAUCAUCAACAUCAGCAGCAAGGACAGCGGUUAUGGACCAACCAGAGCGGGUCAGGCUGCGUGCGUGUUGCUGCACACGCUGUGGAAACAGAGUGAUCUCCACGGGGCCUACAAGAAGUGUGGCUACAGGAAAGGUGACUUUGUUAAUGCGAGGACAACAAAGGCCGUGAACUCCAGAUGAGGCUGAGUGGACGACCUCUAGCGAACUCAAGCUGCACCUGUUUACAGUAACAGCAACACGUACUGGUUGCAACACUCUUCCUCCUGGAAUGGGCCACCUGUACCUUUUUCAAUGCUGCAGACAAUACAUUGUGUACUCUGCCUACAUUUCCCGAAAAGGUUUCAUGGGAAAAGGUCCCAUGAAAUGGCUUUCAAUUACUACAAGAGCUGAAUGUUCAAUUAAAGUAACACACAACAGAGCGAUAAACCCGCUCACACAAUAAGUUUGUGUUGUUGACAUUCCUCAUCAGAGGCUUCUGGCCGCUGUCUACAUGCCUCAGACGGAUGAAUGUAGAAGCCUUUCCUGAAUAUGCAACGUUUCUCUCAUGAAACUGAAUGAAUUUCUUUACGAUUGUGUAGUUUGUUUACUGUAGUGGAAGCUCAAUGGUUGAGAAUACUGUUUUGUGUGUUUUUGGUUUAUUUUUAGCAUUUCAGGCGACAGUAAUUUAGCAACAAGAACCACAAUGAGAACGUUCAAAUAUUCACAGGAAAGUAAUUGUGAAGGAUGCAAAUCAAAUCAACAGCCUUAUUUCUAUCAAACCAAUGAACUGUUUAAUUAAUAAAUGUAUAUAAAAUGUGUUUUUAAACUUGAUUUGAUUCCUCAGAUGAAUAAACUGUUUUGAAUGAAACCUUA